CCAGAUACAGAUAGAAGGAAUUCCGCCGAAAUAAAUUUGGCAGAUAAUGCCUUACCAAUACCGAUCCAAGUAUUCUUAUGGAAGCAAGUGGGGCCGUUUGUACGACCCAAACUAGGGAAACUUCACGAAGCAUCAUGUAUGUUCUGUCAACAUGCAGCAACUGGACACCAUGAAUUGAAGGAAGCUUGCAAGUCAUUCGAGAAAGUUCUGGUGCAAAAUAUUCAGUCAGGACUGAAACCCGAUUUGACGGAAGCCAUCAAAUCCAUUCCAAGAUGGCGGCUGAUCCAGGCAUCAUUGCCACAUGUCAUGCACGCUGUUUCCUCGAUUUUGUACAACCGAAUGAAAGAUGGGAAUAUACAGAGUUUGGGUGCAGUAGAAACGAAGCUUUUAUACACUCUGCACUGGAUAAUAUUGGACGCGGUAGAGGAAUGUGCUGAUGAAGAUUUCGAAAGAGGAGUCAUUCAUGCGUCUCCAUUUUAUUAUGUUUUUUCCAUUCCAACGAUAACGCUCUUCAUCUAUCUUUUCGCGCCGAUUUGCAACAACCUGAAAGAAUCGGAUUUCCAGAAUUUCCGUUUGGAAAACGGCUUGAAAAUUUGGCAGGCCAUGUGGGAGUUCAGGCAUCCGGAUGCCCCUUGUUUUGUGACACACUGUAAGCCGAAGCCGAAAUUUCUGAACGGCAAGCACUUGAAGAACAAGCAACAUUUCGGUGACGUUUUCGUAGGACGUAAGUAA